UUCUGGGUGGGGCUUGUUGUUGCCGGCUCUCUGCUGACCCUGCCCCAAACCAGCUGCAGCACCGGCUAAGGGGAGGGGGAAAUAAUGUAGCUCCUGCUCCCCUUCCCUGCACGCCGGGUCCUCGGGCUGCCGCAGCAGAGCCGGGCUGGGGCUGGGCUCGCCGGCUGCCCUCCUGCCGCGAUCGCUCGGCGCUGCCUGCUCGUGGGGCUCUGCCGCCAGGCCCGGGGGAGCGAGUCGCUGGGAAGUGGGUCAGUGGGGCCGCCGCCCUCCGCCCGCCCAGAACCCAGGAAGCUCUGAGUAAAAGCUCAAAACUACGUCAUUAACACAUCCCAUUGUAUCUGGAUACUGCAGCACAUAUGGUGAGAAGAUGAGCUUCUGCAUUGUGGACAAGUUGACGUUUGGAACAUUGCGACAUAAGGAAUCCAUAAAGAAGGAAAUAACAGUAGUUAAGACAAGAGGAGAUGAAGAGCUGUGAAAGUUAACUGAAGUAGAAUGGAAGCUACCGUAAUAUUACCUAUUCUGAAGAAAAAAUUAGCCUUCCUUUCAGGAGGGAAGGACAGACGAAGUGGCCUCAUUCUGACAAUUCCAUUAUGCCUUGAACAGACAAACAUGGAUGAGCUGAGUGUUACCCUAGACUAUCUCCUAAGCAUUCCAAGUGAAAAGUGUAAAGCUAGAGGAUUUACUGUGAUAGUGGAUGGCAGAAAAUCUCAAUGGAAUGUGGUAAAGACGGUUGUUUUAAUGCUCCAGAAUGUUGUUCCAGCUGAGGUAUCACUUGUUUGUGUAGUAAAACCUGAUGAAUUUUGGGACAAGAAGGUUACACAUUUUUGUUUUUGGAAAGAGAAAGAUAGACUUGGCUUUGAGGUUAUUUUAGUAUCUGCCAACAAGUUGACUCGAUACAUAGAACCAUGCCAACUGACAGAAGAUUUUGGAGGGAGCCUUUCCUAUGAUCACAUGGACUGGUUGAAUAAGAGGCUGGUAUUUGAAAAGUUUACAAAAGAGUCUACAUCAUUACUAGAUGAGCUUGCUUUAAUUAACAAUGGAAGUGAUAAAGGAAACCAACAGGAGAAAGAGAGGUCUAUGGAUUUAAACUUUCUUCCGUCUGUUGAUCCAGAGACAGUACUACAGACAGGUCAUGAGCUAUUAUCAGAGUUACAGCAGCGUCGGUUUAAUGGUUCAGAUGGAGGGGUCUCAUGGUCUCCCAUGGACGAUGAGCUGCUUGCUCAGCCACAGGUCAUGAAGCUAUUAGAUUCACUCCGAGAACAGUAUACGCGUUACCAGGAAGUUUGUAGACAACGUAGCAAGCGCACACAGCUAGAGGAGAUUCAACAGAAGGUAAUGCAGGUAGUGAAUUGGCUUGAAGGACCUGGAUCAGAACAACUACGAACCCAGUGGGGGAUAGGUGAUUCAAUUAGAGCCUCACAAGCUUUGCAACAGAAACAUGAAGAGAUUGAGAGUCAACACAGUGAGUGGUUCGCUGUAUAUGUGGAGCUUAAUCAGCAAAUUGCAGCGCUGCUAAAUGCUGGGGAUGAGGAGGACCUGGUAGAGCUGAAAGCACUACAGCAACAGUUGAGCGAUGUCUGUUAUCGGCAGGCCAGUCAGCUGGAAUUUAGGCAAAAUCUGUUACAAGCAGCGCUUGAAUUCCAUGGUGUUGCCCAAGACUUGUCUCAGCAGUUAGAUGGCUUAUUAGGGAUGUUGUGUGUAGAUGUAGCACCAGCUGAUGGAGCAUCAAUUCAGCAAACUUUAAAACUGCUUGAAGAGAAGCUGAAAAGUGUUGACUUAGGCCUGCAAGGUUUGCGUGAAAAAGGCCAAGGUCUUCUUGAUCAGAUAUCUAACCAGGCAUCCUGGGCCUAUGGAAAAGAUGUAACCAUAGAAAACAAAGAAAAUGUGGACCACAUCCAGGGAGUGAUGGAAGAUAUGCAGCUUAGAAAGCAACGGUGUGAGGACAUGGUAGAUGUGCGACGGCUAAAGAUGCUUCAAAUGGUACAGUUAUUUAAAUGUGAAGAAGAUGCUGCUCAGGCAGUAGAAUGGUUAAGUGAACUGUUGGAUGCUCUGCUUAAGACCCACAUCAGAUUGGGAGAUGAUGCUCAAGAAACCAGAGUUUUGUUGGAAAAGCAUCGAAAGUUUUUUGAUGUUGCACAGAGUACUUAUGAUUAUGGGAGACAGUUACUACAGGCUACAGUUGUACUGUGCCAGUCUCUGCGAUGCACUUCUAGGUCCUCAGGAGACACACUUCCGAGACUAAACAGAGUAUGGAAACAGUUUACAAUAACUUCUGAAGAGAGAGUACACAGGUUGGAAAUGGCUAUUGCAUUUCAUUCAAAUGCUGAAAAGAUUUUGCAAGAAUUUCCAGAGCAGCCUGAAGCCAUUCAUGAAAUGGAGCAAUUGGAUGAAAUUGAAGCAGUUGGGAAAUCACUGUUGGACAGAUUAACAGUGCCUGUAGUGUAUCCUGAUGGUACUGAGCAGUACUUUGGGAGCCCAAGUGACAUGGCUUCCACAGCAGAACACAUUAGAGAGAAGAUGAAGCUACUUAGCCUGAAAAAGCAGCAGCUGAGACAACCAGAAGCGACUACCCCAGAGAGCUAAUAGACUGGACCCUUAUCUACCAGCUCAGAAUAAGAUUUCAGUUUGUAACCCAGCAUGUCGUCUGAAUAUUACAGCAUUUAACAUAAUGCAUUUCAUAGCCAUUAUAAAAGCCUCAUCUUUUUCAAAGUAAACAUUGCUCCUCAACAUCAUAACACUGUACAUCUGCCAAGCCAUAAUUAUUUAACAUGCUAUGAAACCAUAGAUUUCAAGUAUCUUAUCAAAAGGAACUGUAAACCUUGCACUGAAAAAUUGCUGUAAAGCUUUACCCUGACCUGUCAGUUGCUUCUUAGUUAAACAGCUGACAUAAGCUUUGAAUGGUGCUAAUCAGAAUGUAGAAAUUCCACCUAUGAAACAGUAGCUCUCUUUACCACCACCACCCCCCAGUGAUGUAGUAUUUUUAGGCUGUAGGUAAGCUACCUGUUUGCGUAGACAGUGGUGACCCUAUCAUUUUAAUUUGUAAUACUUUAAAAAUGACCAUUUCUGUUGUGCCAAUAUGCAACCUGCCCAUCAAAUCUUUGAUAUAUCAGAUUCAUUAAACAGAUGUUUUCCUAUUUGUAUUGAUAUGUAUUAAAAGCUGAUUGUGCUUAAUAAAAACCAUCUUUUAAAAAUCUGAUACAAA